ACAAGCAAGGUUGUUUGGGUACAAACCUCCAUUGACCUGGUUAAGCCGGGCUACUAAGAAACUCAUCAGUAGCGCACAUUGUAUGGAUGUUUUUUAUCGUCGGUGUCGGCGGCAUAUGGUUUCUUGCGAUAGGACAUGCCAACAUGGACGAACUUCAUCGCAGAAACCCAGCUUACGCCCACCAGAGGAUACCUUGUACCGGUGAGUUGGACAGUCGGCUUGCAUCUUGCAUGUCUCCUGUUAUGCAAGAUCGACAAUUUGGCUGCUUGAAACAAAUACAUGGGCAACUCAUUCGAGGACCUUCACGAGGAAAAUUAAAUAAUUUGAUUCCCAACCAUCGACUACCCAACCAUCGGAAUCUGAGGCAGCCGUGGGGACGGACAUCAUAACUGUCCAAAGCGUCAGAGCUGCGUUACUUGCUGCAAGAAUGCUACUUACGAGUAGUUCGUACCUCCAGUGGCAGUGUGCACCGCCAAAAUGGAGUUCUCAGUAUGACUGCAACAUUGUUUGGCUUUCUUUG